CUCUGCAUGCAAAACACCAUGGCGGCACUAGUGAAGAAUUUUAGCAAUUUAUCCCGGCGGAUUUUGCCAUGUAUUUCGAGAGUAUCGGCUCCGUUACAGAGUAGUGUACCCUCCAGACGGCAGGGGACAUACGUCGACAUUGAUGACAACAUAUCUGGGCUUACUGACGAACAAAAACAGCUUCGGGAAUCAGUGUUUCGAUUUUGCCAAGAUGAACUUGCCCCCAAGGCUGCUGAGAUUGACGCCAAGAAUACAUUUGAUGGACAGAGGGAAUUCUGGAAGAAAUUGGGUGAUUUUGGACUGCUUGGGAUGACUGUGCCAGAGGAGUUGGGAGGUACCGGGGGUUCAUACUUGGAUCAUUGUAUAGUCAUGGAGGAGAUGACCAGGGCGUCGGCCGCAAUCGCUCUGAGCUACGGAGCCCACUCAAACCUUUGCGUGAAUCAAAUUGUACGCAACGGAAACGAUGCGCAGAAAGCAAAAUACCUUCCAAAGUUGAUCUCGGGUGAACAUAUAGGAGCCUUGGCCAUGAGUGAGGCAAACAGUGGAUCGGAUGUUGUCUCAAUGAGACUGAAGGCAGAAAAGAAAGGAGAUCAUUACGUACUGAACGGCACCAAGUUUUGGAUCACAAACGGGCCCGAUGCCGACGUCCUGGUGGUCUAUGCAAAGACAGACGCUGCAGCAGAAGCUAAACACGGUAUCACGACGUUCAUCAUCGAAAAGGACUUUGAGGGAUUCAGUACAUCACCAAAGCUUGACAAGCUCGGUAUGCGCGGCUCCAACACCUCGGAGCUGGUGUUUGAUAACUGCAGGGUACCAGUUGAGAAUGUGAUGGGGCCGUUAAAUAAAGGUGUCUAUGUCCUCAUGAGUGGUUUGGACUUGGAGAGGCUGAUCUUAUCUGGCGGACCGGUAGGCAUUAUGCAGGCGUGUAUGGACAUUACUGUACCGUACCUGAUGACUAGAACAGCAUUCGGUAGGCCCAUCGGCGAAUUCCAGUUGAUGCAGGGUAAGAUGGCCGACAUGUACACACGACUCAACGUCAGUCGCUCAUACCUGUAUAACGUAGCGAGGGCAGCAGACAGGGGGUUCGUCAGCGCAAAAGACUGUGCUGCGGUCAUCCUGUACACAGCUGAGAAUGCUACGCAAGUAGCGCUUGACGCUAUACAGUGCCUUGGUGGUAACGGAUACAUCAACGAUUACCCAACUGGGCGUUUACUAAGAGAUGCUAAGCUGUAUGAGAUUGGGGCGGGAACCAGUGAGAUUAGAAGACUUAUCAUUGGUCGAGCCCUCAACGCGGAAUAUAAGUAACCUCAUGAAUAAUAAACAUGAUGAAUAUGAAUAAAAAACGUGAUGAAUAUUUAUGUGAGUGGAG